GGGGAGAGCGCGAGCGUGUGAGAGAGAGAGAGAGAGAGAGAGAGAGAGAGAGAGAGAGAGAGAGAGAGAGAAGUUGGUGAGCAGCUUCGGGAAAAGUCGCUCGCGAAGCUUUAAUGUAGACGCACGCGCGGGAGUUAAAAGGAUAGAGCGCGAGAGACAGAAAUGAGGAGCGAGUCCACGUGCAGGUGGUGUGUAUUAUGGAGCAUAGUGCUGAGCGCAGUGUGUGUGAGCGCCGUCGAAAAGGCCAACAAAACAGCAAUUGGUCGACACCCCCGACAGACAGAAGGGGUAGGGCUUGAAGGUGUAUGGGGCCCAUGGAGUGAGUGGGUGGAGUGUUCUCAAAGCUGUGGAGUGGGUGUGACUGAGAGGCGCAGACAGUGCAUAGCACCACCCCAAACCUGGAGCGGGACAAGUUACCUGCCAUCAGGUGGAUCAAGCCACACCCCCUUACAGCCCCCACAUGUGCCUUAUUACCCCUCCUCAUAUCCUGGCAAUGACAGAAUAAAUCCAGCCAACCAGAGUCCUGGACUACCCCUCUAUCGAGACAUACCUGAAGGGGUUGAACAAGAGCUGCCCAAUCACGCGCCUCCUCUCUACCGACCAGAUGUCGGAACGGCCAAUCAGCAGCCGAUUUCAAUUUACAGAUCUCUGUCUUCUCCAUCCUCGCGUGCAAAUGGUCAGUCAGGCAGAGGAUCCAGAAGGCCAUCCAAUGAUGGGGCAGGAAGAGUAGGAGCAGGCGGGAGUAGGAGGUCAGUCUCCAACAAUUGGGAUCAGGCGUCUGUGAGAAGACCAAUUCGUCCUGGUCAGUUUGGUUAUGGCAGGGUUCCAUAUUCAAUCCCACUUCAUCGCCAAAACCGGCACGCGCUGUACUCCUGGCUCCAUGGAAACGUCACUGUCGCGCCACUGCAGGUCAAACCCACUGCAGUUACACAGGAUGCGAAGUCGCAAGGUGAUACGAAGGACGUACGAGCAGACACAAAGUCGAGGAAGAGACAAAGACAAAGAUCCAUCAGUAAGCGUGCACCUCCUCCAGCCACCGUCCCUUUCUCCUCACCUCUCCACAGGCCACGCCCACAUCUGGACACACCACCCUAUGGCCCGCCACUUUAUGUUCAACACUCUGUGGUUCCACUUCAGCACUACAGGUGCUCUGGGAAAGACCGAGAGGUUCGGAAGUGCACUGUAGAGGCGUGUCCCGGGUCCCCGAACCCCCGAGCUGAGCAGUGUGCCGCUUUCAACAAUAAAGAGUUCAUGGGAAGAAUUUACGACUGGGAGCCUUUUACUGAAGGCUCAGUAGAUCAGCAGUGUGAGUUAAUUUGUCGGCCAGUCGGCUAUCGUUUUUACGUUCAACAUUCGGAGCGAGUGAGAGACGGAACCCCAUGUGUUAAUAACACCCCAAACGAUGUGUGUGUCGGAGGUCGAUGCCUGAGUGAGGGGUGUGAUGGCAUGUUAGGCUCAGGCGUGGUGCGAGACCGGUGCGGCGUCUGUGGCGGAAGCGAUGGCUCGUGUGUUCGAGUGUCAGGAAGUUUCUCAAACAACAGCGUUCCUCUUGGCUAUCACAAAAUUCUCGAUAUUCCAGCUGGAGCAACAGCUAUCAACAUCACCGAACGCAGCGCCAGCCCUAACUACAUUGCAUUGCGUAGUGGUACCAGUCAGUCCAUCGUGAAUGGGCGCUGGGCCGUGGAUCCUCCAGGUGAAUAUAAAGCAGGAGGAACAACGUUUGUGUACACACGCAACCCCAGAGAAACACUCACCGCCCCAGGACCCACAAACUCACUGCUGCAGCUCUAUAUUAUUUUCCACAAGGAGAAUCCAGGUGUGGAUUACGAGUACUACAUCCCUGUGAAGAAGGACACAGUGAGAGAGUGGGACAGAGGGAGCGCAUCUCUCCGGGAAACCAGUGCUGUAGUAGAAUUGGAGGACUCCGCCUCUUCUCCCAUUUCCGCUCCUUCUUUGUCUGAUAGGUGGAUACCGGAGAGGCCCCGCACCCACAACUCUGGGCCUAAUCGUAAUGCAAGGAUCCCUCCACGGACCGACCUCCCACUGGAUAAUCACAGUCCGUUUGUGUGGAGGCUGGGCCAGCUUAGUGAGUGUUCUGCUACCUGUGGCAAAGGUUCCCAUCGCAGAGAGGUGUUGUGUGUGAACAGACACACUAAUGAAGAAGUGCAUGAGAGGAGAUGUGACUCAUCAUUGAAGCCAGCUGCAGAGGAGGAGCUGUGUAACGUCCAUCCCUGCCCACCAUAUUGGGAGGCUGGAGCGUGGUCCGAAUGCAGUGUGUCAUGUGGGUGGGGUGAGCAGCACCGCCAGGUACAGUGCAGGCAGAAUUUCUCCGGUCGCUCCACCCAGGUCCUCCAUCAGCGCUGCCAGGGUCUCAUAAAGCCCAACACCACACAGGCCUGCCACACACACUCCUGCUCCCACUGGCAGAUCACCUCUAACUGGAGCUCCUGUUCAGUGGACUGCGGGGCUGGUAAAAGGACCCGGAACGUCCGCUGCGUUAGUGACCACGGCGACGUGGUGAGUGACCGCGAAUGUAACACUAGGCUCCUCCCACAAAUAAGUGAAGACUGUCACAUGGGUCCCUGUGUCUCCAACUGGUACAUCUCUGACUGGACAGACUCAUGCUCUGUCCCAUGUGGUCCAGGUGUGCAGAAGCGUGAUGUGGUGUGUGUGUCGAAUGGAGCUGAUGGCGAGUGUGUGAAGGAGAAACCGGGUGAAAUGAAGGCAUGUAACUCGGGACCCUGUGUGGCACACACACACUGGUUCGCUGGACCAUGGGGACAGUGCAGCGCUCCGUGUGGGAACGGAACCCAGCGCAGAGACGUGAUAUGUGUGCAGAAGCUGGGAAGUGACUUCAGCGUGAUGCCAGCGAGCGAAUGUGCACACCUGGAAAAACCAUCCCCCAUUCAGACAUGUGAAGUGGAAGCGUGUAAAGCGCAGUGGUUCACCACGGUGUGGAGUGCGUGUUCAAAGUCGUGUGGUGAUGGAGUACAGACUCGUGAUGUUCGCUGUCUGACGCCGGAUAAACAGCUAACUUCAACUUGUGACUCCGCCCACAGACCACACCCAGAGCAGCCCUGUAACCCCACCCCCUGCAACCCCUCCCUAGAUGAGAGCUGUAAGGACAAGCGCUCCAACUGUCUGAUGGUGGUCCAGGCUCGGCUCUGCGUUUACACCUACUACAAGACGGCCUGCUGCGCCUCCUGUACUCAGAACGCUCAGAGAGCCAAACGGCACUGACCCUGCCCGGGGUCAAAGGUCAGCGGCAGGCCACCUGAUUCCCUGGCCACUCGCAUCAUAGACUGACAUCAGUCGAAAUCGAAGAAGCGACUUCGACAUUUCAGCAGCUCUGUCUUGCUGUGGUUCCGUCAUUCAUGAUUAUCCUCGCCUACACCCCUCCCCCACACCACCCGCUAGCUCGCUAGGUACAAAAGAAAUGCCCACAAUCUCAUCCCACGAGACAUGUGACCACAAGGACACUGUACGUCCGAUUGAAAUUCAAAUUUAUUGACAAAUGCAACAUGAUGCUAAUCUGGUGGCCCUUCAUUUUUGGGCACAUUAGCAUCAUAGCUCCGGCGUAAACCUGGAAAUUGUGUGCAUUUCUUUUCUCACCUUUUUUUUUUUUUUUUUGUGGCUUUUUCUCAAAGUGAGAACUUUUUUAAAUCCAUUAUAUGCUUGUUUUGUUUUAAAAGCACUAGAAUUAUCUGUUUCUAUGGCAACCAUAAUGCCAAUCUAAACCUACGAUGAUGAAGGUGCCUUUAAUAAGGAGCAGAUUCAUCAUCAGUUCACCUGCUUUCGUUCACAUUCCUGCGCUCAUUAGGGUGCCAAUAUUUUCUUGUCUGUAAAUCCACUUGUGGACAUAUAGUGCACCAGGUUCGGCUCGGUUUCACAGCCUCUGAGAUAAACAGAUAUAUUAGUGUGACAUGAAAUGUUUUAUAUUGUGCACUUUAAGUAUAGGAUUUUUUUUUUAAAUAAUGGCACCCCCACACCUUCCACCAUGUAGUGCACUGUGUGGAAUUUUUGCUCUGCUUUAAUAUAUUAGUGCACGUAAUAUAGUAGUGCACUAAAUGUCCAAUAGGGUACUAGUGUCAUUACUCCCUGGAGAAGUGUACUACAUUCCAAAUGGACUACACAGAGAUAUUAGAUAUUAGCUCUGCCAAAUAUAUGCAUAAAAAUAUAUUACAAUAUGGCCCCUUUGUAAAGUGCCCUAUAUAGUCAUUACCCUCUAUGUAGUGCAUUAUAUGUCCACAAGACAAUCAUUUCUGAUUCAGAUCAUUGCUUCGUGUAUAAGUGCACUUCAUAAUUAACAUUAUAACCUGUUUAGUGCACUACGUAAUGUCAAGCAAUGCAUUUGGGUUUCUUUUAUUUACUAUGGCUGAAUGCCAAAUAACACCGUAUUCACUGUAAUAGUGCACUACCUAGGGUGUGAAAUAAUACAGCAUUAAUAGUGCAUUCAUUACAUCCUAUGUAGUCUACUAAAAAAAACAUUUGAGACUUAAAUAUGUCUCACAGUGCACACAGUCCUCAUGAAUUCUGUGAGCAAAGCAUAGCCAUUCUCUCUCACACACACACACACACACACACACAAUCUUGUGAAACGUGUUUUAAAUGCACCCCUAAAUAUGAAGGUGUGUGUGAGAGCAGAAAUGAUUGUGAUUGGUUGUUUGCUGUGUGGAUAAUAAGAGGUAAGACAGUAGGAUUUAAAGCUCGUCUUUAUGUUUUGUGUUAUAAUUUAGCCAUAUUGCUAACUUCAGAAGUGCUUUAAAGCAUCAAGCCAAACAUGAUUCUGUGUGUGUGUGUGUGUGUGUGUGUGUGUGUGUGUGUGUGUGUGUG